UGAGCGCCCGGAAAACGAUGACGACUGAAAGGCGCGACGCCUCUUGUUGUGAUGGAGCACGCCGUGAUGGAGUUGGACGGCAGUAAUCCCAUUCUGAGGGAGUUCGGAAGCGAACAGAGUUUAUUAUCCAAGCCUGACGGUUCAGCUACGUUUGUGCAAGGAGACACCAGUAUGUUGGCAGGGGUGUACGGACCAGCUGAGGUCAAAGUGAACAAGGAGAUCUAUGAUCGAGCCACUUUGGAGGUCCUGAUCCAACCCAAAGCUGGCAUGCCAAGUGUCCGGGAGCGCACGAGAGAGCAGUGUGUGCGGGAGACGUGUGAGGCCGCUCUGCUGUCCACUCUUCAUCCUCGCUCCUCGCUUACGCUCGUCCUGCAGGUGGUGCACGAUGACGGCUCGUUGUUAGCGUGCUGUCUGAAUGCCGCAUGCAUGGCGUUGAUGGACGCCGGACUUCCCAUGAGCCGCCUAUUCUGCGGAGUCACAUGCGCCAUCGACCCCGAGAGCCGAAUCAUCACAGACCCCACGGCUCAGCAGGAGAAGGAAAGCCGAGCACUAAUGACUUUUGCAAUCGACAGUAAAGAGCACAACAUCCUGAUGUCAUCGACAAAAGGCUCUUUCUCAGUGAAGGAGAUGCAGCGGUGUAUCGCUGUCAGCCAGAAGGCGUCUGAGCGGAUCUUCCAGUUUUAUAGGGAUUCCGUGAAGCGACGAUAUUCCAAAGUGUUAUGACCUUCCCUUGUUUUGUUUUUUUUUCUGAUUGCAUUUUUAUAAUAAAUGUACUUCUGAAAUGUAA